UUGCCUAAUGCUUUGUGAGAGCACUUUUAGGAGUUGUUUUGAGAAAUAGUCCAUACUCGGACUUGAUGAGAGGGAUAGCCUUCUCGAGAACGCUACUGAUAUUGGCAUUCGGUCGUAUUGUCAUAUUUUUCAUUUAUCGUCAUCCAUGCAAGGUAGCACGUGACUUUACCUAUCAUGACUUCCAUUGUCUAGGAGCUUUACCUUUACCUAAAAUAUAUAAAGUUCCGUGCAGGCUUGGAUGUGCAGUAUUUUUCCACACACGACCCACGUAUGCGCAUAUGGAUCCACCAGGUGGGCUUGUAUACGUACUCCCUGAGCCUGACUUGGUCGGGCACAACGCAUUAAAACGUCACUGGACGCUGCAGAAAAUGAAAGGUCUGCAUGAUAUCAUGGUGAACAUAAUUAUCAAAGGUAAAGGUAAACAUCCUUAUAUAGAUAAUGACAUCGUUGUAGAGACUGGAAGUAAAGUGAGAAUAGUUUCAUUUUCAUGAAGUUGUAGUCCUUAGAUCAGAUUAGGGUGUAUGCAUUUCUUUUAAUUUCAAUUUCAUUAUUUUAUUGAACUUUAAUUUUUACUCUAAAUGAAUUUUACCAUCGUUCAAGUCUAUGACAAUAUUUUAAACUGUAUUUAAGAAUUUUUUGUAUAUAUUAGACACAUCAUGUAUGUAGUGACAACUUUAUUUUAAUA